GCUACCGACAGCCGUGCGCGCAUCACCUUUUGUCUUAUUCGUUCGUGUUUUCAUAUUCAAAUGAAAUUUUAAUCGUCGAAAUAGAAAUAGAAAUAGAAAGAUAAAUAUAUAUAUAUUCCCGACAAAAAAAAAAAGAUUAUUUUCUAAUUUUUCAUGGAUAUAUAAUAUUAUAUAUUGAUUUUAUCGAGUUUAAUAUCUAGGGUAUUAUCUUUUACGAUUGAAAAAAAAAAAAAAGAACUGGGUUAUUUGCUAUUUCUAUUCUCGAAAUUAAAUUUGAGACUGGUUAGUGCUAUUUCAAAGAAAAGAAAAAAUAAAUACAUAAAUUAAGUGCAUUAUGAAGUACAUCGAAUUGCUGGAUUUCUUGAAAACUUCAAAACUGACUCGGAAAUCGCGCCGAUCGAAGCACAGGUUGAAAGGAUCGAGUGGUACCGCUAGCAUGAAAGUAGACGGUGGAGUGGCGAGUACGACGGUCCUUCAGAAAGUCAAGGUUAAGGAAGAGGCAAAGGAAUGUUGCGGCUUUCAGCAGGUCUCAGCAACAUCAGGGGGAUCGAGUGGGACGAGCGUGGUCGUUGUCGUUUCGACGGUGACAGCGGCGUCGACGACCGUUAUUGCAACGACAUCCAGCAAUUGCAAUAGCAAUGGUCUGACCACUGUGGGAAUAGCAGCCACCAUUGCGAGUACCUCUACAACCACCACUGUACCUACCACGUCCUCGACCUCGAAUGCUCUUCAAACCUCUGCCAUUAUCUGCCAUCCAUCUACCCCGAUAGCUGCUGUGGCCAGUAGUACGGCUCAGACACCUGAACCUUUGCCGGUAGACCUCGACCUCAAGAGUAAAAACAAGGUGAGUCCUACCAGCAGAGAUAAAACAACGAGGGAAGAGAAUAAUCAUCUUGAGGCACUCUCACCGUCUUCUCAACAUCAUCAAAGACAUGGCUUGUCAACUACCAACACACCCCAGACUCAAACCAAUGGCUCUCGAUCAGAGUACAAAGGUCAGUUGGGUUGCUCUAGGUCAUCGGACAACGAUAGUCCCAUGUCUUCGCAUCCUCUCAAACCUGAUCUUGAAGAAUCCACUGGAGGAACGUCAACCGGAACAUCAGCUAGUUCGACCUCUACUGUUCCUACCGUUACUGCCUCUACCACAGGUGGACCUUCAGCCACCUGCAGAAAUGAGGAACAGGUCGAGGCCAAUCCACUUCUGUCAAAUGGCGUCAGGUGUAUCACUGGGGUCUUUGCUGGUCAUGGAAAACUUAAAAGGCUACUUGGUACACUCGUACAAUUUGCAACUGAUAUAUCAGCCGACACUGGAGACACUGUACGGACCUUGGUACUUGCUCUUUUGAGUGGUACUAUGACUGCCGAAGAAUUUCACUCUGCUUUGCAAGAAGCUACGAACUUUCCAUUGAGGGGAUUCGUUUUGCCAUAUUUGAAACAUACUUUACCAUCUUUACAAAGGGAUUUGAAUACGGCUGCUAGAGCUGGUAACCAGACAUGUGCACAAUUCCUUCGAAAUAAUGAAACAGCGAUUUUGGAAGCAGUCGGAUUGGUACCGUCGGGCGAAUCCGUAGAAAUUUUUGGAGAACAUGGUAGCAGUGGUCUUGGAAGUGGAAACGCCGGUAACCAGUGUCCCGCGUAUUAUUCGAUGCGUUCUAGCUCUAAUCCGAAUGUCGGCGCCAUUCAACACGCGAACAAUACCACGAACGCUUUGCACCAUUACUCUGGCUCCUCUCAUGCACCGAAACGUCGUGCUUCAGACACCCCGUACUAUGAAAACGGUACCCUACUCGAGGAUAUACCUGUUUACGGAAAAAGGCCUAAUCCAUGGGGUGCCCAUCACCAACAACAACAACAACAACAACAACAACAUCAGCAACAACAGCAAACGGAAAACUCAUCAUCCUAUUGUUGGUAUCAUCCGCUUCACGCAGCGGGUGGAUCCAUUCAAGGCCACGCACACGGACAUGGCCACGGGCCUAGUCCGGUUCCACCAAGCCUAGUCCAAAUUAAUCAGAUAAAUGCUUUCUCGGCCCCCCAUCAUUUGUCCCAACAGCAACAGCAGCUGAGUCACGUUCAAAACGGUUCUAGCCUCGACGACGAAUGGAAGAAUAUUCAUGUGAUGUUGAACUGUAUUCUUGGCAUGGUAGAAAAAACGAAGAGAGCUUUGGCUAUCCUUCAAAGACGAGGUUGUUCCAGUCCUGCAGCAACACCUAUACCACCGCCAAAUGUGGUCGCACAAAAUGGUAAUGCCAACAACACUACUACCAAUAAUCCUUCAACCAAUGGUGCUCAAGUAGAAUCUUCAACGGGUGAUAGAGAUGGUAGCUUGAAACGUUUGUCUGGAGAAAUUGUUGCUCAGACAAUCAGAGCUACUGAGGAUAGGGUUGCUGAGGUGAAAAGAAGAGCAGAAGAAGCCGUGUUAGAAGUAAAAAGAGCAGCUGUUGCUGAAGUUCAAAGAGCAGUUGCAGUAGCGGUUGCCGAGUCGAGAGCGAGUGAACGUCUGAGAGUACACAGACUUUUAGACUUACCACUAUCUCAAAGAAGUCACGUUGGUGUCCGUCAAGCUUCAUUCGUUAGGGUUCACGGAAGUCCCAACAUGGUAGAGACCAGUGGUAGAACUGCUCCAACACCUACAACUACUUCUAAUUCGGCACCGUCCACUACCGAAGAUGACAAGGAUACACAUUUGACUAAUAUAGUAGGAUCAAAUUGUUGGAAUUGUGGCAGACCAGCAUUAGAAACAUGCGGUGGAUGUGGGAUCGCAAGAUAUUGCGGUUCCUUUUGUCAACAUCGCGAUUGGGAGGCUGGUGGACAUCAUGCAACGUGCAAUAAUCCUUUACCACGAGAACCUCGAAGAUCAUCUUCGCGUAGUCCGCCUAGAAUCGGUACAGCUAGCGUCACUGGAAGUAUCAACGACGCGGAAGGUUCAACCGUGUCGGCCACGGCAAAUACCAUCUCCAAAGGGAAGUGACGACAUGAAGGAAAGAGUCACGUUCCAUUACGAUUAGCCAGGCCGAUCUAUUUCGAUCCACGCUGAUGUUUCCUCACAGAAGACUCAGAAACUUCUUAUUUAAUUAUCGACUCUAUUAUACUUUUGAUUCGCUUUCAUAUUUUUCUUUCCUUUUUUCUUUUUAAAAAACUUUGUUGAUUAAUCUUCGAAGUAUGGAUUGUUUAGAAUACGAUUUAUACAAGGAUGCAUUUUAUUAUCGUAACUAUUUGUUCUUGUCAUUAGACGAAUUUGUUAAUGUUUUUAUGUUGUAUAUGGAAGGAAAAUUAUAUUUAAAAUGUUGAGUAAUCGAA